CGGUAAGGCAUGCCACAAUGCGACUGUGGCAAGGUGAGCACACGGCGCGUCCCGCUUUGAGGGGCUUGUUCAUCUCUGAUUAACGUGCCUGCGGGCCAUGCUCCGUUUUCGAGGCCCUUCAUGCGCACUCGCCAACAUGCAAGCCUGCUGGAAUUGCCUCCAGGCGUGGUUUCAAAUGCUGAUGAAUUCAUUUGUAUCUGCUUACAUGCAUACAACGAGCGGGGGGUUCCCACUAGGCUUGCAUACAGAACAGCUCCAAGCGAAAAGAGGCGUUGCGGGGCACAUGUCAGUUGCUUGAACAGUAAUGGCUUAUCAAAUACCGCAUUUGGUGCAAAACACUCGACGUCAGGCUGGCAUGGCUCGCGUGGUGACUUACAGCACAGCCGUUGCGGAACGGAAGAGCGAGCCACGAGCGCAACGGGUAGCCUAAUUGACCAGUCCCUGACGUUUUCCCGCUGUAGUCUGCCAAUUGGAUAUCCAGUCUUUGAACCUACAUUCUUUGCCAGGUUAGUCAGUUCUUCGAAAUCAAACUCAGAACCUAUUCUCGCUACCGAUGAGACCCGCGAUGCGACCUUCAUGCACCUCCACUCAACAAACGAUAGCAGCAUCGCACGGGCACGCAGCAUCGCAUGGGCACGCCGCAAGCGAGUAGAUAGGCUCAUUAUGGCCGACACGAGGGUAAUUUUGUAGCUUGGCCGGACUCUGGGAGGAAGGAGGUCGACCGAAGGCGGGAAACCACUAGGAAGUAUAAAGAGAGCCUUGUGCCGCUGCCAUACACUCAUCACGCCAUCCUCACACCACUCCGACAGACAAGCUUUGACAGCCGAGUCUAUUCGCAGAUCAGGUUUCAAGAUGAAGUUCGGAACAAGCAUCGCAUUCUUGGCUACCAGCCUCUUCAGUGCCGUCAGUGGUGAUGGUAUGCUACACACCAUUCAAUUGGCCAUAUGAAAAAGUUUGACAAGUGCCAGCUGUGCCAUGGGAGCGUAUCGACAAAAACAACGCGCUGUUGCUCAUCCUCGAUCUCCAAGUUGGCCUCUACCAGCUCGCUCGUGACUGGGAUCAUACCCUCUAUAAGGAGAACAUUAUGGCUCAUGCCGAGCUUGGCAAACUGUUCGACUUGCCUGUCAUCUU